CCAACGAGGGGCGGAGUCAGCGCGGCUUCGCCCCGCCCCAUCCCGCUCACGUGCCAGGCGGUGGCGCGGGGGGGUGGUCCUGGCGCAUCACGUGGCCGGCGGGAAGCUGGAAGCGGCCGGCGCGGCAUGGGCGAGUCGAUCCCGCUGGGCGCCCCGGUGCCGCUGGAGCAGGCCGUGCUGGAGACGUUCUUCUCCCACCUGGGCAUCUUCUCCUACGACAAGGCCAAGGACAAUGUGGAGAAGGAGCGGGAGGCCAACAAGAGCGCGGGGGCCAGCUGGCUCUCCCUGCUGGCCGGGCUGGCGCACCUGGCCGCCGCCGAGAAGGCCUAUCACAGCAUGACCUUCCUGGGCCAGAAGCUAGGUGGUCAGUCAUUCUUCAGCCGAAAGGACUCCAUCCGAACCAUCUACACAUCUCUGCACAAUGAGCUGAAGAAGGUGGUGGCGACGGGUCGCAAUGCACUAGGAGGAACAGCUCCUCACUUGGAAGAGCUGCUUUCUCACCUGUCUGAACAGCUCUGUUUUUUUGUUCAGGCUCGGAUGGAAAUUGCUGACUUCUAUGAAAAAAUGUUCACCCUCAGCACCCAAAAGUUCAUUAACUCUGAGGAACUCGUAAACAUUUUGGAAUCCAUCCUAAAGAAAUACAGCUCAAGAUUUCACCAUCCAAUCCUCAGUCCUCUUGAAAGCAGCUUCCAGCUGGAAGUGGAUGUGCUUGCACAUCUUUUAAAGGCUCAGGCUCAGAUCUCAGAGUGGAAGUUUCUCCCAUCCCUAGUCAACUUGCACAGUGCUCAUACAAAGCUGCAGACGUGGGGCCAAAUUUUUGAGAAACAGCGAGAGACCAAGAAACAUCUGUUUGGAGGGCAGUCUCAGAAGGCCGUACAACCGCCACACCUUUUCCUCUGGCUGCUGAAACUCAAAAACAUUCUCCUUGCCAAGUUUAGCUUUUACUUUCAUGAGGCCCUCAGUCGACAAACAACUGCAUCCGAAAUGAAAACGUUGACUGCUAAAACUAACCCUGAUUAUUUUGGGAAAAUUUCCAGCUUCAUCAGGAAAUAUGACGCGGUUAAUGUUUCUCUUAUCUUUGACAACCGUGGGUCAGAGAGCUUCCAGGGACAUGGCUACCAUCAUCCCCACUCUUACAGGGAAGCCCCAAAGGGGGUGGAUCAGUACCCAGCUGUGGUCUCUCUGCCCAGUGACAGGCCUGUAAUGCACUGGCCCAAUGUAAUCAUGAUUAUGACUGACAGAACCGCUGACCUCAACAGUUUGGACAAGGUUGUUCACUUCUAUGAUGACAAAGUCCAGAGCACGUACUUUCUGACACGCCCUGAACCUCAUUUUACCAUUGUAGUUAUUUUUGAGGCUAAGAAAUCAGAGAGGGACUCGCAUUUCAUCUCUUUUCUCAAUGAAAUCUCACAUUCCCUCAAGAACUCCAAAGCUUUUGCAGGCCUAAAGCCAGGAUCCAAAGGAUAAAAUAAAUAUUGAGUUGCAGAUUGCAAGGCCAUACAUUAGACUGGAAAAAAUAAAUAUUCUCGCUUUCAAGGAGUACAUUCAUUCACAAUUCUCAGUUUGUUUAAAAAGGAAGCGUUAUUUUAAUAUUUGUUGUGAAUGCUUUUUUAGCUAAUGAAAACACUUGAAUAAAAAUAUAGAAAGAAUUUUCUAGGCUGUGCACAUGGGAAUGACUUAGCUGUGGUGCACUAAAAUAGCUGAGGUAUUUUUUUUGCAUGGUGCUCUAUUCACAGUAUGAAUUAAUAUUUUUCAGUCCAUGACAUUUUGUCCUUAACUAAGUGGAAUGUAUGCACUUUAUAUUAUGCUGAUCAUUGACUAUAACUUAUGCAGAAUUUAUUGAAACUUGGUUAGAAUGAUUAAAUUGUCUUUUCAGGACACACUGCUGUUACACUAACUAUCAGGAACUAUAAUGGAAUCUUAUUUCUUAACAAUGAUACUCAUUGGGGAUUAUUGGGAACUUGCAGCUCUUCACGCAAACAACUGCAAUAAAGUCAACACAUCAUAAAAUGUACUCUUAUUUUGGUAACUAAUAUGUCACUAUACAAAAACUUGAAAAAUAAGUCUUAGCAAUGAGGCUUUUCUUUGAGAUUGGCUUUUAAAUCCCCACUAAACUAGGGAGAGAAUGCCAGUAUUGUGAACUAUAAAGUGUGCAGAUUAGCCAUAAUUCUACAGGAUAUAGAAGCAAAAAAGUAAAAUCUGUAGCACAAGCAUAGAGUGCAAUGUCCACAUGAUUACAGCUUAUAAAGUACACUGGUAAUGUCAAAACUACGGGAUGCUAGGUUUUAAAUUUCUGCUUAUGGAAUAAAAUUGAAGAUGAUAGCUUCAGUUUGUGCCGAUACUUUAGUAUUCACAGUAGUUUGUGUUUUUUCCACAAGAUUAUUUCAAAGCCCUUAUAUUUCCUUCAUCCAUUUGCCUUUCUGAUGACAAUGCAAUAGAAAAAUCCAAACCAAAAACUAAAAAAGUCAUGUAUUUAUGCUCUUACAAUUAGACUAAGGCUGCACUAUUGUUGGUUUUCAUAGCUAUUUUUUCUUUAGUACAUCUUCAGUUUUGCUUUCUGUUCAGAUAUCAUUACUAACAUUUUUAAAUAACUUUCCAGUUAAGACAAAAGCCAAAAUUGUUUUGGCACUAGGAUCUAAGACCUUCUACAACACUUGCAGUGCAGUUUAUUGAGUUUUGAAAUAUCUCCCUCCCACUUUACUUUUUUUUUAGUUUAAAAAAAGACAGUUCCCCUCUCAACUUUAUAAAGUCAUUGUGCUAGACGAGUGCUCUCUAUUUCCUGUCCAAUUAUUAUUUAAAAAAAUCAUUUGUCUGUACUUGUGGCCUUCUUAUAAUGGGUGAUUCUAUCUCCCUUAUGAUUAGUACCUUACCCCCACAAGCACUUUCACUGGAAAUCAAGUGGGACUAAUCAUAAAGUGUGAGGUGAGUAAGGUUGAACCGUAAUGGAUGCACUUCAUAGAUGGUAAGGAGAUGUAAUAAGCACAUCAUCAGAUUUACUUUAUAUGUAAAGUAGGUCAUUUAAGCCAAAAUUUUGGUUGCCCCAUUCCAUUAAGACUUGCAUAACUCUAGCCUCAUAUGAUAAGCAUAGUGAAAGCAACUACAGAAAAUCUAAAGAGCAGAUGAAGUUUUCAUUUUCUUCUUUGUAAGAAUAGUGCACUUACCUUUCCCCCUUGAUGCAUAUAUAAUUUUUCUUAGCCUCCAUGGCAGUUGCAUGCAUAUAUUGAGGAGAAAAUAUACAAUGUGAUUUGCUUCCCUAUAAAAUAUUAAAUAGAGCUGUCCAAACUUCAUUAGAAUUAUAUGCAAAUGUCAUACUUCUAUUGUAAGUGCUUCAACAUAUUGUCCAUCUAGCUGAGAAAAUUUGUAUUCCAUCUACGCUAGUCCUAAAUUAGCGAUGGUAACACAGGUUAUGAUUGGAAAGACUAUUGCUUGCCACUGGAAAGUGCUAGAAUGUGAAAAUACGCAAGGUGGGACAUGGCCAGCACCUAACUUUGCUAUGUUACAGUUUCCAAAUCAUGCUGUCUUUUAACAGGGUGGAAUGUUGCUCUUGCUUCAGGGACCCAGCUCCUUGUCCUUAAAGGUAUUUAGGCUCCUAAUUUCCAUUUAAACUAAUAGCAGUUAGGUGCCUCAGUACUUUUAAGAUUCUGGGCCUCAAUGUGGGGAUGAUGCCUGUGUUUUUCCUCUUUAGACAGACCAUUUUAACAACCCAACCCCCGCUCCGCAAAUCCCAAAACAAACAACUGUAAUCAGUGAAUGCUCCAGCCCUGUCUCUUUAGCCUUCAUAUGAGCAAAGGUGCUGUCAUCAGCAGUGGCCUCAUCCUUCAUGAGUUGUUGCACAAACCCUUUCUGCCACUUUUACCCCGAUAGCAACUGAGGCUUUGGUGGAGGGGUGUGGGUGUAAAUACCUUCUCUGCUGGUGUUUGGGAGGCAGAGAGCAGCAGUCUGAGCUGUGCCUGCACAGGUCAUGGAGAGAGAGGCAACGGACAGACC